UGUUGGUAUUUGUUAGCGUUAUGUGGAUUACUGAAAAUUUAAUCAAAAUUGCGGCCUUAGCAUUAGCAGGUGAAAACUUAUCAAAAGAAGCCACCAAAACCAUUACAAUAUGUUACGGAAUUAUAAAUUGCUUGGACAAUAACGCUUUGCAGAACAUAGACGCUAUAAGAGAACUGAAAUUUUUAAUUGAACAAGCGGUGAAUAGAAAACCAUAUUUUACAGCAUCUGGUUUUUUCGUGGCCAAUUCUACUAUGAUGGGUUUUAUCAUUGGAAGCAUAACAUCUUAUGUCAUUGUCGCUUUGCAGUUUUUCAAUAGUUAAGUGAAUUGAUAUAAAUUUUUCUAAAUACAUUAACUAACAAAAGCGGCUUCUCAUGCAUCAGCGGAAAGUUUAUCAAAUGACUUUCAAUUUUGUUCUUUAACGCACUCUUUACUUCUCAAUCUCAAAAAAUAAUAAAUUAAUAUUGAAC